UUAAGGUGACUGUCCUACUGAUAAGACACAAAUGACACAAUGCUGUCACAGGCAGUAAUAGCGUUGACUUUUGUAGUUGGUGUCCAGUCAACAACGACCACUACCACAGUAAAUCCACUUGCGAAUAAAACAGUGUGCUAUGAUCAUGUCGGCUGUUUCAACAACCUCCCUCCAUUUGACAACGCUGCCUUUGACUUGCCACUAUCUCCAAAUCAGAUAGGGACACAGUUUUUGCUAUUUACUCGAAGAAAUAAAAACAAUGCAGAUACACUGGACUAUGUAUCCCAGACCUCUGUGCAUAAUUCUCAUUACAUGAGCACUCAGAAGACGAAGUUCAUAAUCCAUGGAUUUGCUAAUUCAGUUAAAACCGUAUGGUUAUAUGCUAUGAAAGAUGCUUUUCUUACAAAGGGGGAUUUCAACAUCAUCAUUGUAGCAUGGGGUAAAGGAGCUGUCCCACCACAUUAUAACCAGGCAGUCUCCAAUACCAGAAUGGUGGGAACUCAAACUAGGCUCAUCAUUAAGAAACUGGUUCAGGCAGGAGGCAGUUUAGAUGAUAUUCACAUCAUAGGCCACAGCUUAGGGGCUCACACUGCGGGCUCAGCUGGCAGGCAAUUGCACGGCAAAGUUGGCAGAAUCACUGGGCUUGAUCCAGCUGAGCCAGAUUUUGAAAACCACCCAGCUGGUGUCAGACUGGAUCCAACUGACGCAAAGUUCGUCGACAUCAUUCACACAAAUGGCGCACCCAUAAGAAGAGGUGGGGCUGGGUUAAUGCAGGUUUCAGGGCAUGUGGAUUUCUAUGUAAAUGGAGGAAAAUCCCAACCAGGAUGUCCAAACUUGGUAGCAGGGGCUUUUCAACAACUUUUCAAUCACAAUGUCUCUGGUGCUGUUCUAGCUGCAUCUUGCAGUCAUGGACGUGCUCACGAAUAUUUUACGGAAUCCAUAUUAACGAACUGUCCCUUUACGGCAUACCCAUGUGAAAGCUACGAGAAGUUUACUGCUGGCGGAUGUAUGACUUGUGGUUCCAGUGGAUGCUCUCAGCUUGGUUUAAGCGCAGAGAAAAAUACAGGGCGCGGGAAAAUGUAUCUCAACACUCAAAUCAAAACCACCGCACCAUUCUGUGGCUACCAUUAUCUUAUCAAAACGGUUUAUGGAACAGAGGAUUCCAUUGGUCAGAUAAUGGUCACGAUGCAUGAUGCAACUGGACACACACAACAAAUUGCCAUUACAAAUCCUGGAGCACACUUGAGAGCUGGGAUGCCUCACACUCAGGUUGUUGUUCUAGCAAGUAGAUUCACAGACAUAACAUCGAUAGAUGUACUCUAUCAUAAGAAGAUCGGCUUCCUGUUUGGAAGGGGAGGGAAGAGCCAAAUAACAUUAACGUCAGUGUCUGUCGAGGAAAUUCAGACUAGAAAUAGGUACACUUUCUGUAUGAGAGGAAUUAACCUACCAGACGGGGUAUCUGUCAGUAGCAUGCACCUAUCCUCUACGUCUACGUCGGGAGAUGUCACCCUCAGCAAAAACACAACUCAUGAUCUCAUGACAACCACCCCUACAUCUUUAAACUCAACAACUCACAGGCCAAACCCGUAUGCAAAUAAAACUAGAUGUUUUCCAUAUGUUGGUUGCUUUGACAAUUUCCCUCCGUUCGAUAAUACUGAUUUAGACUUGCCUCGAUCUCCUGAACAAAUCGGUACAGAAUUUUUACUCUUCACGAGAAGAAACUGGAAUAACUCUCAGCAUCUGAAUUACACAUCGCUGUCCUCCGUAACAAACUCAUUUUACAAAGGUAUCCUCAAAACAAAAAUUAUAAUUCACGGAUUCACUAAUUCCAUCAAGACAAAAUGGCUGUACGUAAUGAAAGAUGCUCUUCUCAAGAAGGGAGAUUUUAAUGUUAUUGUCGUGGCAUGGGGAAGAGGAGCCACAGCACCUAACUACAACCAGGCUGCGUCUAAUACCCGAAUGGUGGGGACUCAGCUUCGCCUUAUCGUUGACAUGUUGGUAAGAGCAGGUGGUAAAGUGAGCGACAUGCAUCUGAUUGGUCACAGUCUUGGCGCCCAUACAGCAGGUUACACAGGACGACUUCUGCAUGGCAGAGUGGGCAGGAUAACGGGUAUGGAUCCUGCAGAACCCGACUUUGAACAUCUCUCUGCUGGAAUUCGAUUGGAUCCUAACGAUGCCAACUUUGUUGACGUCAUUCAUACAAAUGGUGCGCCAUUCAGCAAGCUUGGUUACGGUCUUAUGCAAGUUUCAGGUCAUGUGGAUUUCUUCGUUAAUGGAGGUGAAAAGCAAACCGGAUGUCCAAAUCAAAUUGGUGGACUAUUCAGCACAAUUUUUACCUUUAAUACUUCAGCCAUUGGAGAGGCUAUUGCUUGUAGCCAUGGUCGUUCUCAUGUGUACUUCACAGAGUCCAUUUUGACGGAUUGUCCAUUUACAGCUUAUCCAUGUGACAAUUACGAAAAUUUUACUCAUGGCGAGUGUAUGACGUGCGGGGCCAGGGGCUGCUCGGAGUUAGGUUAUUAUGCGGAUCAGUAUUCAGCGAGGGGCAAAAUGUACCUCAUGACUGUGGAUAGAAAUCAUGGGCCAUUCUGUGGUUUUCACUAUGUAAUUAAAUAUGAUCUUGGGACAACAGACACGUAUGGUACUCUCUCUAUCACACUGAACGGGGCAUUUGGUAGCAGUCAUUCCAUCGCCCUUACGGAGAAAGAUGCUCACCUGAAGACGAAUGGUGUAUCCACAAAAGUUGUGGCGGUGCCUUCCGAGGUCGGAGAAGUGAUGUCUGUAGACGUACUCUAUAAGAAAAAGAAAGGAGGCUGGUUUGGUUGGGGAGCUGGCGCUGAUGAUAUUAAUGUUUUGUCCGUGUCUGUUAUGUCAGGAGAACUGGGCAUCAGUUCUUCCUUUUGCGUGCGUAAAUUGGUACAUGACGGAACCAGUGUCAGAAUUCCAAAACAAGUCGCCCCCGUAUGCUAAGGUUUAAGUGGUCCUCACGUCUCUCCAGAACCCAGUCUAAGAAUGUGCAACG